CCUUCCGCAUUAUCCUGUCCUGAUUUGCAGUCUGGCACUCGUUAUUUGGCAGCAUAGGCUCCUGCCGUUAGUCACUUCUCGCUGAUCAGAAAAAACGUCAUGGCUGGUGGCGAGGAGAAAGCCGUAGAGAAGGCAGGUGAUGCUGACGUGGACAUGGCGGAAGGCCCGGAUUUAGGGAAGUCAGACUCAGAUUUAGACGACGGUGGUAAUGGCGAAAAGGAGGACAUGGAGGACAGCGAUAAAGAUGAUAGCGAGGAUGACGAUAGCGAGGAUGAGGCGAAGGAGGCAGCGGAGGAGGCGGAGCGAAAGGCUCUGAUUGGCGAAGUUAAAGGCCGCAUCGCAUCGAAUCCGUACGACUAUCAGGCUCACGUUCAGCUGAUCGCCCUUCUGCGGCGCAGCAGCAUGCUGGAGGAGCUGCGGGCAGCACGGGAGGCCAUGAACGCGCUGUAUCCGCUGUCCCCCGCCAUGUGGCAGCAGUGGGCGCACGAUGAGACCAGCCUCAUUGCCUCAGAUGCUGACGUGGCAAAGGUGGAAGCUCUGUACCAGCGUGGAGUGGAGGAGUAUGUGUCCCCCUCUCUCUGGCAGGCUUACCUCUCGUUCCUCACGGCCCACCACCCCGCCAUCACCACACGCACGCCCGAGGGCCUCAAGCUGUUCAGGGGCACAGCAGAGCAGGCGUUAACCCAGGCUGGGUUGCACCUGGGGGAGGGCGCAUCUGUCUGGGGGACGUACAGGGGACUUGAGAUGGAGGUCUUGAUAAAUGUGAGGAAAGGGGAGGAGGAGGGGAAGGGGGGUUUGGGAGAGGAGGAAAGGACGAAGCAGGCCACCCGGGUGCGCGCGCUUUUCCAUCGCCAGCUGGCGGUGCCUCAUUUGCAGCUGCCUGCCACGCUGGCCGCGUACCUGGCUUGGGAGGAGAAGGAAGGAGGGGAGAAGCUUCCUGCUGACCCUCCUCCGCCCUCCUCCGCCGCCUCUCCCUCUUCCCCGGACGCUCAGAAGCUUCCAGGAAGCGUCAAGGCGGCGUAUUUGAAAGCGGAAAAGAUGGUGGGGGAGAGGAGGGGGGUGGAGGAGAGGGUGGGGCGGCUGGAGGGGGAGAAGAGAAGAGUGGAGGAGGAGGGUGCCGCUGCUGCAGCGGCAGGGGGAGGGAGUGGGGGAGGGGGGAAGGGAGGGGAAGGUGGUGCAGGUGGUGGGAGUGGUGGUGGUGCUGUGGCUACUUUUGACAAGAGUGAUGAGCUGAUGCUGGCAUACACGGAGUACCUGGCGUUGGAGGCGGCCAGUGGCGACAUGCCACGUCAGCAGGCCAUGCACGAGAGGAUGGUCACGGCUCUGCCUGUGGUCUUUGACGUGUGGCUCAAGUACAUCGACCUCGUUGACCACAAAUUGAAGGUGCCUUCUGUAGUGCGCUCAGUUUAUUUCCGGGCAGCCCGAAACUGCCCGUGGGUCGGCUCUCUUUGGACUCGCUACCUCCUUGCACUUGAGCGACUGGGGGCCGCUGAUGCUGACAUGGCAGAGGUCUUCGAGAAGGCCCUUGUGUCUGGCGUCCAGUCUGCAGAUGAGUAUUUCGACAUCUUCCUCACCCGCUUGGAUGGCUUGAGGCGCCACCUGCUGCCUCCUGAGUCUUCUAAAGGCGCUCUUAAAGGGGCGUCUCUUAGCGAGGAUGAAAGGUCAAAACUUAAAGACACUCUUCGGGCUACUUUCGAGCGCGCCUCUGCCUUCAUGGCGUCUUACUUCCCCGACCACCAGCAAGCGCUGCUGCAGCUGGCGGGGUACCAGGCGCACAUUGAGGCUCACUUGGCGGGGGCAGCAGGCGCAACUGGAAUGGUGGGAGAAGGUGGUGCAGCUGGGAGGGGCGUUUGGGAGCAGUUCGUGAAGAAGCACGGUGCCUCUCACGAGGCGUGGCUGGCUUUCAUUCGGUUCGAGACUGAGAGGGGGUGCCUUCACGAGGCACGAGGAAUUUUCCGCCGCUGCUACAGCCGGAGAUUCGAUUCGCCGUCAGGCACAGAGGAGGUCUGUUCUGCAUGGCUGCGAUUCGAGAGGGAGUGGGGAACACUGGAAGACCUAGACCUCGCAGCAGACAAGGUGGCACCUCGUCUGGCCGAAGCAGCAGCGCACCACGCACAGGAGCACGCGCAGCUGCUGGCGAUGCAGCAGCAGCAGGAGGAGCAGGCUCAGCAGCAGCAGGUGGGGGAACAGGGGCGCGGGCAAAAGCGCAAGGCAGGCGCAGGGGAAGGAGGACGAGCAGGAGGGAGGGAGGAGAGGAGGGGAGGGGGAGGAGAGGGCCGAGGAGGAAGGGGGCAGGGGGCGGAGGAGGGUGGAAGGGACCGAGGCAAGAGGCAGCGUCCGGGAUUAGGGUUUGACAAGAGGCAGGGCCGUGGCAAAGAGGCUGGUUCGGAGACAGCAGCAGACAAGGGGAAGGAGGGGAGGAGUGAGGCUUCAGGGAGAGAAGAAAAGGAGCAGGGAGGGGAUCAAAAAGAAGAGGGAGGGGAGAGACAGGAGCAGGUUGGGGCAAAACACGAGGAGGAAAAGCAGGAGGCGGAGAAAAAGGACGGAGGGCAGGAGGGGCAGCAGGGGCAGCAGGGGCAGCAGGGGCAGCAGGGGCAGCAGGGGCAGCAGGGGCAGCAGGGGCAGCAGGGCCGCUUCUUUACGGACAAGAAUACGGUUUUCAUCUCGAACCUGGACCUCAGUACGACGCAGGGCGAGAUCAGAGAGCUGCUGAAGGAUUGUGGCGAGAUCCUGGACGUGAGGAUGGUGUUCAACCACUCCACGGGGCAGUUCCGGGGCUUUGCCUAUGUGGAGGUGGGCAGUGCGGAGGCAGUAGUAGCAGCCGAGAAGCUCAACAAGACGCCAAUGAGAGGGCGCCAGGUGUCCAUCAAGAAGUCGGACCCGUCUGGCGGCCACAGGGACCGUGGCAGGGGGAGGGGGUGGGGUGGAGGAGGGGGCCGUGGAAGGGGUGGUGGACGGGACGGGCAUCACGAGGCGGAGGAGGAAGCCUACCAUCCAUCCACCAGGGGAGGCAGAGGGGGGAGGGGAGGGCGGGGCGGCGGCGGUACACGUGGCGGCCUGCAGCCGCUGUCAGCUAGUGCCAGGCGGGCGGGGCAGCUGCAGCUGAUUGGUUCGCCGACCUUUGCCAUGCCCCGUGCCGUGGGGCAGGCCCUAGGGAGAGGUGUGGCAGGGAGGGUGGAUGGGGAAGGGGAGGGAGGAGAGGGUAAGGUGAAUGGCGUGGCUGGUGGUGGGGCGGGAGGAGAUGGUACCCCCCUGAACUCUAAUGCCGCGUUCAGAAAGAUAUUUGCGAAGAAGCUCGAGAGUUGAAGACGCGGCACUUCGAAACUGGUUUCCGUGUUCCGAAAGGGCAUGUCUUAAGCAUUGUCUUGUAUGAAGUUUAGUAUUGGAAGUCAUGUUAGAAAAUGUAGGGUUUUUUUAACGAAAUGGGUGCAUAUGGAUGCACCCUUAGUAUGUUUGAUCAUGCAAGGCUCUACUCUAAGAUUGCUGUACUAGAAACAACGAGAGGGCCUGUGAACAGCUGAUUUGGCAAGACCGCUAGUGUUGUCCAUCAGUGUUGAAUUUUCGCCCAUUGA